UGUAUGCAAAUUAGACAGUUUAGUCAAGGUCCUCGCGACCUUAACAGGUGUGAGAACAUUUUUCUUCUUUUUCUUGUUUUUCUGCGGCCGAAAGUGAAGUGAAGAGAGAGAGUGGAAAAGAGGUGGUGUGGCAAGAGGGAGAGAGAGACAGAGAAGUGACACAAAUCAAUGUGAGCACCCAAACCACCAUCACCAGCAGCAGCAGCGGCGGUGGCAGCAGUCUUUCCCCCCCCUACCGACCUCCAUCACCUCCCUGUCUUUCAGUGAGAGAGACCAGUGGAGAACGGGAGUCACAGGAAAGACGGGCUCCUCAGCAGCGCAGCAUCCGGUUUGAAGGGGCUAAGUGGACAGAGCAGCUGAUUACUUCUGGAUAUUUUUUCCUUCAUAUUGCUCAUCAAGUAACUGUCUUGCUGUGUGUUUGUGUGUCAGACAGACUGCUUCAGAGCCACAAACCUGCUAGAAGUCGAGUGCUAUGAAGAACGCCGAGCCUGAAGACAGGAUGUCUUCCAAGCGACCAGCCUCUCCAUAUGGGGGGACAGAUGGAGAGGUAACCAUGGCAACCAGCAGACAGCGAGUGGAGGAUGAGGAGAGUGAGGGACUGGGCGGUGUCAUCCACCUCCCCCUGGCCUCCUACUGCAACAAGGUGUCCCCUCGCUCGCCCCCCAACCGCAACUUGGACAGCCCGCCCAACAUGGAGCAGGAUGGCACUAAGGGGAGCUCCCUGAGUCCUUACCCUCAGCACAAUGCUACCUCACCAGGCAAAGAGGAGGGCGGAGGCGGGGGGCGCCCCUGCAGCGACGGGGGCUCGGCCGCGGGCACCCUGGGCACCCCCGAGAGACGCAAGGGCAGCCUGGCAGACGUGGUUGACACACUGAAACAACGCAAGAUGGAGGAGCUGAUCAAAAACGAGCCAGAAGAGGCCCCCAGCAUUGAGAGGCUGUUGUCAAAGGACUGGAAGGAUAAACUUUUGGCCAUGGGCUCAGGGCACGUUGGAGAAAUUAAAGGUACCCCAGACAGCCUGGCGGAGAAAGAGCGCCAACUCAUGGGCAUGAUUGGCCAGUUGAGCAGCCUGAGGGAGCAGCUCUUGGCGGCCCAUGAGGAGCAGAAGAAGCUGGCCGCCUCACAGAUGGAGAAGCAGAGGCAGCAGAUGGAGCUCGCCAAGCAGCAGCAGGAUCAGAUUGCCCGGCAACAGCAGCAGCUUCUACAGCAGCAACACAAAAUCAACCUCCUGCAGCAACAAAUCCAGCAGGUCCAGGGCCAACUCCCUCCACUGAUGAUUCCUGUCUUUCCCCCAGACCAGCGAACUCUUGCAGCAGCUGCGGCCCAGCAGGGCUUCCUAAUGCCCCCUGGCUUCAACUACAAGCCUGGCUGCAGUGACCCCUACCCUCUCCAGCUCAUCCCCACAACGAUGGCUGCUGCUGCUGCCGCCACACCAGGUCUAGGACCCCUACAGCUCCAGCAGUUGUAUGCUGCUCAGCUAGCAGCCAUGCAGGUUUCCCCUGGGGCCAAGCAGCACGGAGGCAGCCUUCCUCCCCAAGCCAACCUGGGCACGCACUCGCCACCCACCAACACACAUUCACAGAGUGACAAGGGCCGCAGCUCCCCGCUACCAAACAAAACCAAGGACAGUGAGGGUGCACAGCCACUGAACCUGUCGGCCAAGCCUAAGGCAUCCGAGAGAAAGUCACCCAACUCCCCCCCAACUUCCCCACAGGUGCCGGCUGCUGCUGCUGCUGCUGCUGCGAACAAGCUGGACCCCGCCUCCAUGAAGCACAGCGUUGCCCCCUCCAGCAUUGGAGGACCACCGACCAGAGUCAGCUCAAUUGCAGACUUGUUGUCGUCGCUGUCUUCGACAGCAUACCUGAACGACCACGAGGCGGUGACCAAGGCCUUCGCCGAGGCUCGGCAGAUGAAGGAGCAGCUGAAGAGAGAGCAGCAGGUGCUGGAUGCCAAGGUGGCAGCCGUCAGCAACCUCAGCCUCAACAACGGCCGCUCAGACAAGGACAAAGCUGCCUUGGAGAGUCUGAGUCAACAGCUGAAGCAGCAGGCCGAGAACAAGUUCAGCCACGCCAUGCUGGACUUCACCAUGAGUGGAGACUCUGACGGCUCUCCCAGCGUGUCGGACUCCAGGAUAUUCCGAGAGUCUCGGGGUCGUAGCAGCAGCGAGCCACACAUCAAAAGGCCGAUGAACGCCUUCAUGGUCUGGGCCAAGGACGAGAGGCGAAAGAUCCUCCAGGCCUUCCCCGACAUGCACAACUCCAACAUCAGCAAGAUCCUUGGCUCACGCUGGAAAGCCAUGACCAACCUGGAGAAGCAGCCGUACUACGAGGAGCAGGCUCGGCUCAGCAAGCAGCACCUGGAAAAAUACCCCGACUACAAGUACAAGCCACGGCCCAAACGCACCUGCCUGGUGGACGGCAAGAAGCUGCGCAUCGGCGAGUACAAGGCCAUCAUGAGGUCCCGCAGGCAGGAAAUGAGACAGUACUUCAGUGUGGGGCAGCAGGGUCAGCUGCCCUUGUCUUCUGCAGGCGUCGUUUACCCAGGUGCCCUAUCCAUGGCGGGGAUGCCCUCACCCCAGAUGCCCUCAGAGCACUCAAGCAUGUCCAGCAGCCCCGAGCCCAACGCCAACCACCACCAGAACCCCAGCAUGCCCGGCCUCAAGGGGGAGGAGCCGCGAAUCAAGGAGGAGGAGCUCCGGCUAGACGACAGCAACGGCGACGUGUACGACGACUUCGACUACGAGGACGAAGAUGGCGACUACGCCAGCGAUAACGAGAACCAUAUCACCCAAUAGGACGGCAUCAGCACCGCCUGCUUUUUUUUUUUUUUGUAAGCCAAUCACCGCUGGUUAAUCUCACAAAAUCCCCACCAAUCAGGAAGAAACCUUUCGCUUUUGCCAAUCGCUUUGGAACCAAUUUCACCGCCCCCUCCCCCCCGACUAACAUGGACUCUUCUAACAGAGCCAGAUCCACUCCCCUCCCCUUCCUCUCCCCCUGGAGUCCUGAUACCAGCAUCUUCUGAUCAAUCAACUGAAGCACAGGACCUGUCACUCACACUGACUGUUACACACUGACUGGAGGAAGAGACGACCAAGGCAGUUCUGAAGCUCGCUGAGGAAUACCCACAUAGUACUGCAGGUGUUAGAGUGUAAUGCCACGAGUGAAGAGAAAGCAACAUGGCUCUCAGAAAGCAACCUUUUAGUCCCGUUUGUUGAAGAAAAACUGAAAAACAGAGGACCUGUCAAAGGCUAACAUGACACUUUAAGAUGGCGGACCUGUUUAUUAUCAAGAGACAUUUUUAAAAAGAAAACAGCUUUUUUUGUUCUUUGGUUCUAUAAUAUUCUCACUCAGGUACACGGUGCCAAUAAGUGGCUUGUGAAUGUGAUUUGUUGUUUUUGUGCUACAAGUUUGAAUAAUAAUAGAAAAAAGAGACUUUUCUUUUUUCCCCUUUUGUUGUAAAGCACCUGAAAGACAUGAGACAUUUAUUUUUAACAAAAAGAUAUCUUUUCUUCAACCUCGCAGUGUGCUGUCAGCAA